AUGGGUUCUCAAGCUUGGAACCUUCCCGCACCAGUCGACGACCCGGACUCCAUGCUGUCCCGCAAGUUCGGGCGGGAGACCGUCAACUACUUCGCCGGCAGCGUCCUUAACCGCGUCGGGUGGCUCCGUACCGACCACACCUUCAUCCGGGCGGCUUUCCAGUCCCAGGAUACCAAGUUUAUGCUUCUCAAAGAUCUCAGCCCCCUCACCAGCGCCCCGACAAAAGUGCAGUUCGUCUCAUACGAUGACGUCAAGCCCCUAACUACGGAGGACCCUUUCGGGCCGUCCGAGGAGCACUUGAUCAAGAACUUUGACUCGACGGUCACGAAGCCGCUUAUCAUCUUCUUGGGACUCGAGGAGAGCGCCAAGGUGCCUUUUGAGUAUAAGGGUCUCAAGGGACGGCCGUGGUUUGCAGUCGACGUGACGCCCAAGGGCUCAUACGCCGAUGCGGCUACCGCUCUUAUCGAGGCUCAGUCUUCCAAGGGGUACAAGUUCCUCGAGGGAAUGAGACCGAUGACACUCGAGCCGGAUCAUGCUGGUAUUUAUGCCCAGGCCCGUUCCAUCGCGGACUGGAACACGCGCAACAAGUUCUGCGCCGGGUGCGGGCAGCCGUCCCUAUCAGGCAACACCGGGUACAAGCGCCUGUGUCCCACCACCGACCUCGCCGGCUCGGACACGCCCCGCGAGAGAGCCGAGUGCGCCACCCGCAAGGGCGUUUCCAAUAUCAGCUUCCCAAGGACGGACCCGACCAUGAUCGCCGCCGUCAUCUCCUCGGACGGCACAAAGGUGCUUUUGGGCCGGAAUAAGCGGUACCCGCCCCACUGGUACAGCACGCUCGCGGGCUUCAUCGAACCCGGCGAGUCCAUCGAGGAGUCUGUCCGACGCGAGGUCCUGGAGGAGGCCGGUGUGCGGGUCGGGCGCGUGGUCAUCCACUCGAGCCAGCCGUGGCCAUACCCCGCGAGCUUGAUGAUCGGCGCUAUCGCGCAGGCUCUGCCCGAUGGCGAGACGAUUGAUCUCGGCAACGACCCCGAGUUGGAGGACGCGCAGUGGUUCCCUCUCGAGACGGUUGGGGACGCGCUCAAGUAUGGUGUUAGCAGCCUUGGUGAGCCUGCGCCCGAGGGCUACAAGGAGGGCGGGCUUCGUUUGCCCCCUCCGGCGGCUAUCGCAAACCGUUUGAUCACUGCUGUCGUUGAGGGUUUUGCGACCGCCGCGCCAAAGAUGUGA